AUGAGUACUCCAUUUGUUAUAUUUUCUUUCCAUGAUGCAUUGGAUUUAAUAAAAUUUCUAUGAAAUCUUUGCGCACAAGUCUCAUGAUGUGUAUUUUGAGGUUAUUUUUUUUUGUUGGUGAUAGGAUUUAUAAUGAUUUGACACUUUUAUAAGUAUUGCUUGAGGGGGAAAGGAAAGAAAAAGAGGGCGAAGAAUUUAGUGGUUCUGAACUUUCUUUUGCAUUCAUUGAUGUGGCAGCACAACCAAGAUCAUGUUAGAAUUUUUAUUUCAGAUUUUUGUUGGAUUAUUUUAGAUUUUAAGAUUUCACUUGUUGAUUUUAAAUUCUUGAUUGGUUGCAGUUUUUAGAUAGGAUUAUCUUUUAUUCCUGUAAGCUCUAUAAAAAGGCUUUUUGUGGUUUUAUUGUAAUGGGAGACGUUUGAUGAAUAAAUUUUCAGAUUGGAGAUUUUCCAAAUUGUUGGAUGCUGAUUCCUAACAGUUUAGGUGUUAGUUCUUAAGUUUCUUGCUUGGUGCUGACUCUUGGCAACCCUUAAGUGCUGAUUCUUUGGGUUAUCUUAAAUUUAUUUUUAUGUUCUUUUAUUUUCCUAUUGAUAUUGUCUUUGCAUUAGCUUGGUAUCAAAGCAAACUGAUCCAUCCAUUUAAAAUAAAAAACCUCAAAUCAGCCAUUUGAAUGCCACAAAAAUAUCCCUCAUCACUGGGAACACAACCUUCAAGCUGUACAUAAAUCACCCGCAACCCAUAAUCCCAGCUGCCGUCACUCUCAGGGACCCCAGGACCCCAGAUCACAACCCGGCCAAACAAACCCCAGACUCAGUGAAAUUGAGACACAAACCACCUUGUUGCUGCCAACUUCUGUUGCCAAGAUGCACUGGUAAGGCCAGUCAUGUUCGCCGCUGUAACUUCCAGACCUCUUUGCACGUGACUGCUGUCAGCCUCACUGAUGCCAUUCUCCCACUUUUCUCCAAGUACCUGUGAAGGUCUCAAACUUGACCACAACUUAGAAUUUCUUAAAACAAAGUCUGACCCGAUCCAGUUUUGAAAGACUAGGACCCAGCUUGUAAAAGCACAGUAACUAUUAGCAGGCUGUAGGACCCAACCCAUGACUUUCAUACAAUCAUCACUUUAGAGCACAUCAACCAGACAACAACUCAGGUUUUGUUCCACUUAUUUUCUGAUACUUUAUUUUUUUUCAAGCAUCAUGGCAUCUCCAAACCACCUAUGGAUUUCAACAAUUGGUUUUGAAAAUUGGUUAUUCAAGACCGACCAAUUCUUUGUAAAACCUUUUUUUUUUUGAUAAGUCAUAAGUUUUAUCGAUAUCAAAAAAGGAACACCCUAGUACACAGGGAGUGUACAGGGGGUCAACAAUUCAAGUACAACAAUUACCAGAAUCAAGGAAAUCAAUAAAAGAAAAGAAUGAUUGGUUUUGUAUAGCAGCCAACCAAUCCAAUAAAGUUCUAAAGAAAAAUAACUUAAGGUCUGGUAUGGAUCUCUCAUUUUCUUCAGAACACCUACUAUUUCUCUACCUUCAAAGACAUCACAUUAAGCAAUGGGGAACAAUUAACCAAAUAUGACCAUUUUGAUGACGACCAAACCUGCCUGGCCAACAAGCUAGAAGCCCCACAAUAGAUUGCGGCAUAGCCCAGCUUACUCCAAAUAAACCCAACACCAUAGACCAUAGGUCCAUAGCAACUGGACAAUGCAGAAAGAGAUGGUCAACCGAUUCACCAUUACACUUGCACAUGUAGCACCACUCCAGUAUCUAAACUUUCCUUUUUUGUAAAUUAUCAACCGUCAAGCAUUUCCCUAAAGCGGCUGUCCAAACAAAGAAAGCUACUCGAGAAGGAAUCAUCUAUUUCCAAAUACUUUUCCAAGGAAAAUAUUAGUCAUUGGAGUCCACUAAAAUACUAUAAUAAUCCUUAACCAUAAACCUCUUGUCUAUAUCAAGUUUCCAACACAUCUUAUCCUCACCAAACCGCCUUACUGAAGAACCAUAAAUGGUGUCCAUGAAACCCAACAUAGCCUCUAAUUCCCGAGUAUGCACACCCCUAAAGAAACUUACAUCCCAAAAGAGAACUCCAUUAGUGGACUUCAUAAGCUUAGCCACACCAAUUCUUUGUAAAAUUGGGUUUAUCUUAUGUGAAAGAAAGGUUUGGUAGUCCAAAACGAGGGUUUUUUUGUAGAGCUUUGGAGUAUUGGAACCAUUACAAGAACCUUCACUUUAGAUGCCACUAGUCUCGAAUUACUUGGGAAAGAAUGAAAGGUCUUUGUAUAACCGAUGACUUUCAUACAAUUAUCAGUUUAGAGCACAUCAACCAGACAACAACUCAGGUUUUUGUUCCACUUAUUUUCUGAGACUUUAUUUUUUUCAAGCAUCACGGUAUCUCCAAACCACCUAUGGAAUUCAACAAUUGGUUUUGAAAAUUGGAAAUUCAAGAUGGAUCAAUUCUUUGUAAAAUUGGGUUUAUAAUAUGUGAAAGGUUUGGUAUGCCGAAAUGAGAGCUUUUUUUUUUUUUUUGUAGAGCUUUAGUAUUGGAGCCAUGAUAAGAACCUUCACUUUAGAUGCAACUGGUCUUGAAUUACUUGGGAAAGAAUGAAAGAUCUUUGUAUUGUAUAUUUCCAACAAUAUUUUUAUGAGAAUCUACCCCGAUCUUCUCCUAACAGUUUUCAAGAUUGAAGAGAUAAUAUACCUAUAAAAAAAAGAUUUUAGAGAUAAUAUGAGGCAAUGGUUGACAACCAAUUGCACAAAAUAAGAUGAAUGCUCUUACAUUUUCUUGUACUCCGCUUACUCAUGAACUAUAUCUGCCAUGCAUCAAGACUUAGAAUAUCUAAAGAAAGCUGUUCAAGACUUGACUGUUUAGACGAAGCAAAUGAAGACCCAACUUGAUUAAAUCGAAGUCCCAAGGAUGGUAAAUCACAAUGAGCUUACUGCUACCUGCAUAUAAGAUGAGAUUGAUAAUGAGAUAUCGGUAAUAGAGGAGAUUGGUCUUGACAUGGAAGUACAAAUGUCAAUUUUAAGUUGUUUCAAUGUUCAUGCAACCAAAAGAGUCUACUAUAGAGCCUAAACAACAAGAACCCUCUAUGCUUGAAGAAUCCAACAUGGUGCAUGAAGAUCUACACUUGAUGAAGUCAAAAAGGUUUAUAUGUCAAUUCCACAUGCUGCUUUUAUGAUUCCAUAAGAGUAUAAAGUGGCAGAAUGUAAGGUUUUUCUAUUCUUAGUGCUCCCCAAGGUGAUUUCUGAAUUGAAGCAAGCGUUACGUGCCAAAGUCCUAAUUCUUCAACACAAACUUGAGGUUGAGUUUUCUCCAACCAGGGGAGUAUGAUCCGGGAGCACAACCAAGAUUAGUUAAGAAUUUUUAUUUCAGAUUUUCAUAAGAUGUUCAUAAAAUUAUUUAAGAUUUUAAGAUUUUACUUGUUCCUUUUAUUUUGAGUUCAGGUAGAGAUUAUCUUUUAGAUUGGGAUUAGUUUCUAGAUUAGUUUUAGUUUUUAGAUAGGAUUAUUUUUUUAUUCCUGGAAGCUCUAUAAAAAGGUUUCAGGUGGGGUUUUACUGUAACAGGAGACAUUUGAUGAAUAAAAUUUCAGAUUGGAGAUUUUCCAAAUUGGGCCCAGUGAUUGAAAUGAGAAAGAUUGAUAACUUUUUAAGAAGAAUGUGUUAUGAUCUCCUUAUACUAAGUGAGGGUACCGCAAGCAUAACUUGUAUGAGGUCAUUUCCCCUUAAUGAAACUUCUUUAUUACAAAGUGAAACACAAAGUGAAGAAAAUGUAUUGGUUACCGCAAGCUGUGACCGCUCCAUUCGUAUAUGGUGGGAGGGUUCUUGCCACCGACGUUUUAGGGGUCACGAUGGGCCAGUCUUUACCUUGUCAGAUAAAUUGUUAGGUCAUGGCAAUAGCAAAGUAUUGGCAAGUGGAGGGGAAGAUGGUACCGUUCGCCUUUGGUCCCUUAAAUCUGUUGGCAAGCGUGGCCAGAGUGCUUUAAAGGCUACUCUGUAUGGGCAUGAGUCAUCUGUAAAGUUGAUGUCUGUUGCAGGGCAUAAAACUUCUCUUUUGGUGACCCUUUCAAGAGAUUCCAAGGUGAGGGUUUGGGAUACAACUAAAUCAUCUUCUGUUGAUUCAUCAUGCUGUGUGGGAAAGGCCUCUCUUUCUGGGUCACCUGCAAAUGUGAAGUGCCAUGAGUCUCUGCUCUAUGUGGCUGCUGGUUCCUCUGUUAUUGCAUUCGAUUUAAGGAUAAUGCAAAAAGUUCUUACUGCUGCAAAUUAUCAACCAAAGUUGCACUCGUUUGAGAUGUUGCCUUCAAAAUCCUUGAUCUGCACUGGUGUUGGUGGGAGAGCACUGCUUUGGGAUAUUAGAAGAAACCAGGAGACGAAACCAGAACCAAUAGUUGAGUUGGGCGGACACACAGGCUCGGUGUCAUUCUUGCACAUGGAUCCAUACAAAAUAGUUACAGGAGGCCGUAAGGAUUUUAACAUUAAUGUUUGGGAGACUGACACUGGUACACAAACAAAUUCAUUGAGUUGCCGUUCUGAUGAUUUACCAACUACUGGCUCUGGGUGCACUGCCCUUGCAGUAAAUGGUUGUCGUAUUGUUACUGCUUGUGGUGGUGAGGGAAUUGGCGUUGUCCGCUUUAGGGACUUUAAAAAUGCUACUUGUCCUGUUGUCAAAUUUGAAAAUGAGCAUGCUUCAAGGUUUUGGGAUCCACAAUCUUAUAGUGAUACUGAUGGCUCAGAUGACUAUACUGAUAGCUCAGAUGACUAUUCUGAUUACUGAUGACUCAAAUUGCCGAGCAGAUUUACUUGUUUAAUGCAUAAUUAAUAGCCCGUAGUCAUGUGGGGGGUUUUUGUUUUGGGGUAUAGCGGACAGACACCAGAUCAGUGUAAUUGUUUUUCCUCUUUAUAAAAGGUGUACAAAUGAAAGGAAAAACAUAUUGAGAUAUGUUUUGUUUAUUCUGUUCGCAAGGUUUUCAAAAUGCUGCAAAUGGACAAAUUGCUGAUUUGCAAGA